CCGGUCGAUCAUUGUAUUUGUCGAAGGCGGGUGAAUGCGCCAGUGCAGCAGAUUUGACUCACUCAAAAUGGAGUAGACGUUAGAUGUCACUGGCAACGCUUUUGAACAAUGAGGCGUAUGCGUGAGGUCAGUUCGAGGACAAAGACUAGCGACGACGGCGGGUUGGCAUACACUGAAUAACUGACAGCUUCAAGCGAGCGCGCCACGCAGCGCAACACUGGCCUCGAGCACCGUGGCUAGAGUAUUCUCCCAUCACCGCCACCAGCACACACCAGCUACACAUAAACCAACUAGUGUGUUCACUACAGCAUCUGGCACAUAAAAAGCUGUAGAGUUUAAAUCCCAGCGGCGAAUAUUGUGGAGGGAAGCAUUCAGUAAGUGACAGGGCCAUACAGUUUUGCUACAUGAUGUAAGAAAAUUGACAUCAAAUUAGCAGCUCUAAGAUUAAGCCAUGCUGCCUACAUUGGUUCUGUUGAUAUUUGGAGUGCUCAGCCUUUCUUCAGGACUAAAAUGUCCAGACAACUGCAACUGUGUUCAAUCAAGCAUUAAUUGCUCUCAUAAGAAUCUAACAGCUGUGGUGAUCCACAUCCAGUCUGAUGAUGUUUUAUUAGACAACCUAAGUCUUUCCGAUAUGGACACUAAUGACAGCAGCUCCAUCGCUGACCUUUAUCUCAACCAGCAGACCAUAGAAUCUUUAGAUUUCUCAGACAAUCAAAUUCAACAGUUUGAUAAAAAUAUAUUUUUAAGCCUCCAAAAUUUACAAAGUUUGAAUCUGAGCCACAACUACCUAACAAGUAUCAGCAAUAUAACAAUGAUCUCCCUAGAAAGUCUGACAAUUUUAGACCUAAGUUACAACCAGCUUUCAGCAGAUGUUCUGGACCAAGUACAAGUUCUUUCAAAACUCAAGUAUUUAUAUCUUAACAACAACAACAUUCAGUUGAUGCCUGUCAUCUCUCCAAUGCCUGACCUAAUCCAUUUGGAUCUAACUAACAAUCCACUAUUUGUGAUACAUCCAGACCAAUUUUUAUUCCUUCCAUCCCUAAUAAGUUUAUACAUAGCCAACACUUCUCUACAACAUCUAGACAAGAUAGAAGGUCUGCACCAACUAGAGUAUUUAAACCUAGACUUCAAUAAUAUUUCAAUUAUACAAAAGGCAGUCUUUCCUCCAAAUCUGAGAUCACUCUCUCUGGCCAACAUGACAAACCUGGUCAAUAUAUCACAUACAGCUUUUCAAGGUCUCACACAGCUUAGGCAACUUAAUCUCAGCUACAACCCUAACCUUCAGUUCAUCCAUCCAGACUUAUUCAAACCACUGGUCAGUUUGCAGGUGUUGGAUUUGUCCAAUACUGGACUACAACAACUUUCAGAGAUUACUUUUUACAACAACCAGGAGCUAAUACAAGUAGACCUUAGGGAAAACAUGUUCAAUUGUUCUUGUGUCAAUAUAUGGCUAGCUCAUGCAGCAAAUAAAUUCCAAUCUUCACUCCAAUGUACUUCAGACUAUGGCCAACUACAAAACCUAACUAGUGUUCAGUGCCAGCCUAUCCAACUACACAAUAUAACCAACACAGUCCAUGCACAACUUGGAUCUCAACUACUAUUGAGGUGCCCAUAUGAAGCAGAGGAGCCUGGUAUCAUCAAGUGGGUGACACCAACUGGGUCCAGAUUUUAUUACCAUUACUAUUACCCUAAUGCAGUUGAACACUUACUAACACCAGCUGAUAUAGAGCCUGACUCAGAAUUCCACAAAGACCAUGAGUGGCACCACAGCUCUUCUUAUUACCCAGAGGUGUCCUCACAACCCAACAGAAUUAUUCUACUUUCUGAUGGUUCACUUUACAUAGAUUACAUGCUAAGGACUGAUACAGGGUCUUACAAGUGCUACAUUAGCAAUGCCCAUUACAAUCAAUCCACCCGCAUUGAAAUCUUUCUCAACUGUAAGCUUUCCACAGAUGUAAAAAUAUUUGCAAUCAUAGUAGGCCUUCUAUGUGCUUUAGCCUUUUUCACUCUGAAUUUAAUCUAUGUUAUAAUAUCUUGGAUUGCAAGACGUCUAGUAAAUAAACGAAGGAGAGAAAUUAUUAGACAGAUGCUAGAGAACUUGACCAUCUAUAAAACCACUCAAAUCAGCAGGAUUCAUGAAAACUACACACACCAGUUGGCACGUGUUAGAAACCAGUACCACAUCCAAAGAGAUAAACUCCAUCGUAACUAUACAUCACAAGUUACAAAGAUGAAGCGUGGCUGUUCCAACCAGGUGGAGAAAGUGCGAGACAACUACAACUCUAAACUCUGCCAACUCCGGGACUAUUCUAGCAACCAGAUCAUGCAGAUCAGAGAGAGGGCCAACAACCAGAUAGUUAGAAUCCGAGACUAUGGUUGCAACCAGCUAGACAAAUUGAGGGAGACAUACAAACUACAACAGCAGCAUGUACUGAAACUUCUGGAUACAAUGAACCUAGAGAACUGCCGGAAUGUUGUUGAGACAGAAUGCAUGCGUACAGAAAGCAUGAUGUUUGAUAUAGAUUUACUGGGAGAUGAUGACCGCAUAGAUUCCCCCUUGUCUGAGUACACUACCGCUGCCAGCAGUCCCGCCACAAGCCUGGAAGAGAGCUGCGAGGUGGACUUCAUGCAUCCACCAACAAACCUUAGCUCUAGCUCCAGUGAAAAUUGUUCUGUCAUUCAUGUGCAAACAACAAUAGAUAUGGAACAGAGAGGAGUUUUAUGGCAGUGUGACAGCGAAGAACAUCUAGCUGGUUUCCACGGUGACACGACAGAUUCCCUUAAAAACCAAGAUGAGAUUAACAUCGAGGACUCAGCAGCAAGGAACCCAGAAGGGGAUGGAGCAUUUGUAACACCUAACAGUUCACCUGCUAAGGUUCAAACACAAGUGGAAGACGGAAUGAACAUAGAAUACCAGUCAAAAAUGAGCAAUCAGUAUGUGUCAGAAACUAAUGUUUGAUACUUGAUCCAUGGCUAACCUAACUUUUUAUAUUCUAAAAAAAUACCCCAGAUUUGUAACCAAUGAGAUUAAUAUUACAAAUAAUGUUUUCCACAUCCUGUUGUAUGUCAUUAGGGAGAAGCAAUUUGAUGUCUCAGUUUGGUGAUUAAUGAUCUGAUUAUUAUUAUUAUCAUGUUAAAUAAAAUCUAAUGCUCAACAGUACUGUAACUUGUUCUUGAGAGUGUUAAGAACUUAUCUUAGAGUUCACUUAAAACACUUAUUUGUUGCCUAUGUGUUUGUUCAAACAUUAUUAUUAUAAUAACCAUGUUAAGUAAUUUAAAUAAUGCUGAGUCUUAAGUAAGCCAGUUCAAUUUAAUGAGUCAGUAAGACUGCCCUUUGAACUGUACACUUAAGAUACACCAAAGUUUAAUUAUUAUUAAGUAUGUAUUAAUAUUAUAUGGAAGGUUUAAAAAUAAAAGAGGCUGGUGAGAAUUAAAUAAUAGAUUACAAGAUGAUAUUGCUAUUUAUUGUUUACUGUAUGUAGAAUAUGUAAUGUAAUUUGUUAGUUCACUGUGUGUGUGCAAUAAUUAUUAAAGUAGAAGUUAUUUAAAAAAACAACAACUCAUAUAAUGUAGUUUUUAAAUGUUGAAAGGAUAAUUGAAAUAUUAUUCUAAUAAUGCACAAUGUCUUUGCACUAUUUUUAUGAUCAUGGUUGUUGUGUUAUAAAAAAGUAGGAUAUUACAGUGAAGGAUUUCAAUAUUAUUUUUAAACCACCAUCAUCUGUUCAUCAUUCAGUAUUAGCAAGACGUAUACACACCUUUAAUUUGUUCAUCUUAAAUUUAAUACCAUGUAUUAUUCUUAUAAUACAAUGCUUUAAUAUAGUAAUGUAAACAGAAGUACUUAAAUGAGAUUAGCUUCUUCAAUUUUAUUGCAAUAAAACUUUCUAAUUCCCUUAUCAAGAUUCCAUCAGAUCACAUCAGGGACCUUUGUAUAUUUUAAUUUUUUGAAGUCAAAUAAACUAUUUAUUUUGCCAUGGA